AUGACUACCAACCAUGAUUUUUAUUUCGCGCUUCUCCGCAUUUCCAUAUUACAGUUACUGAAGGCCCAGGGAUUUGACAGGGCAAGGCCGAGUCUGGUGGAUGUUAUGACCGAUCUUUACACAAAGUUUCUGAAUUUGCUAGCAUCAGAGGUUAGUUCUAUUGCCCAAUCGAGGUGUGAUCAGGACGAUACAGUGGCUUUGCAGGAUAUAACUCUGGCUCUGGAAAAUUUGGGCAUCGUUAAGCCUACAGAUGUCCUGGAUGUCUAUGAUGAGAACCCUGAAUUAUCAAGUUCACGGGGAAUGGAAAAGUUCAAGGAGUGGUGCUUAAGUGCUCAAUCGAGCGAUGCACGAAUAACCGCUUUACCUACAGUGGAAUUAUUGCAGAAUGAAGAAAAAGAGUCAAAUCCUCUAUCGGCAAUACCAGACUACCUCAACCAGUUACAACAAAACAAAGGUGUCAAACAGAAGUUGGAAACGAAAAAUAAAAAGACAGAGCUGAUAGAAGAUCUGAUAAACAAUAAUGGAUUGGAUGACUGGAUUAAAUUAGUGGUGGCGAGACAACGAAUCAACUUGAUUGAAAGAGCAUCCAAAAAAGACUCUCAAAACGUGAUGGCUUUGCCACAUAUUGGGGGCUAUAAAUCUUCACUUUUAAGCCAUCCACACCAUAGUACGAUAAACAACGAAGACAGGCUACCUUCAACCAUGACUCCCAGAGAUGAGGACGCUUUAACAGAAAUACGAGAUAAUCCACUUGUAACAAGCAAGCUGCCGAUAAUGAGGACCGAAAAUAGACUGGAAAACAUAACUCUGUCCUUUGAGAAUGAGGAACUCGAACCAUUUGACGAAACUGAAGAUCCCAAUCAAACACCUCAUGACGAUAGUGAUGUGGAUAAUUCUAAAGGAGAUAACAAAAGUUCAGCAGGAUCACCUCAUAAUGAUGACCAUGAUAUAUCAAUGUUUCAAUUCGAUCCUGACGUAGACACUAAAUGGGCAGAACAGGAGGAUAUGGACAGCACGUUUCAGCGCAGAACCUCACUAGAUUACGGGGGCUAUUUUUAA